AUGACGGCAACAUCCGAACAUCUCGAAGCUUUUGCACCUUUGACAUGGGCUACACCGUACCUGACAUCUCCCAGCUGGAUUGCAUGUGACCGCCAGCGAGGCACCGAACCGGGUGAAGAUACGGACCGAUUUUGUCGCGACACAAUGCGCGCGAACAACGGCGUGAGAAACUGGCUCGAGCUGUACGAGAAGCCGGCGCCGGGCGCCAAAGUCACCAAGUCGAUAUCUCUGAUCAAGUAUGGAACCGGCUUGAACGGCUUUCCCGGCAUCUGCCACGGUGGCGCAUUAUUGACGCUCAUGGACGAAGCCAUGCUGCAUAUCCUGGUUGCCAAUACUGUGCUUGAACAUGGCCUUGGCUUUAUGAAAGUAGGAGAAGACUAUUGGAGACUCCAGCUUCAUGAUGGAAAGUCGGCACAAGAGGUGCUUAAGGGCCGAUUAGCCACAGCCACCAUGGACGUGAAGCUUCUGGCGCCGGUGUUAUGCCCUGGUGUUGUCGGCAUUGAAACGAUUGUACUUGGGGACACAGGGAACAAAAUGCGGAUGAAAGCCACGAUGAGGGAUCGACAGGGCAAGCCGCUACUUACAGUCGAGGGGCUGUGGAUCAAGAUUCGCGGUGCUGCAAAACUAUGA